UCCACGCUGCAUUGGGAACCAGUGACUCCAGCAAUGCUGCCCCGAUGGGAACUGGCUCUUUGCCUGCUUGCCUCCCUGGGCUUCCAUUUCUACUCUUUCUAUGAAGUUUACAAAGCCUCCAGGGAGCAUGAAGAUGAACUGGACCAAGAAUUUGAGCUGGAGACGGACUCUCUAUUUGGAGGAUUGAAGAAGGACCCGACUGACUUUGAGUGGAACUUCUGGCUGGAAUGGGGGAAACGGAGCCUGGUGUGGCUGUUCCUUGGCCAUUUGGCUGUGUCUCAGUUGGCCACACUACUUGCAAAGAAGCAGAGACCCUGGAUCGUCAUGGUCUAUGGAAUGUGGGCCUGCUGGUGUGUGCUGGGGCCUCCCGGUGUGGCCAUGGUCUUUCUCCACACCACCAUCGCCUUCUGCGUGGCCCAGUUCCGGUCAAUGCUCCUAUCCUGGCUGUGUUCUCUCCUCCUGCUCUCCACCCUGAGGCUGCACAGUGUGGAGGAAGUUAAGAGGAGGUGGUACAAGACAGAAAAUGAAUACUACCUGCUACAGUUCACACUGACUGUGCGCUGCCUGUUCUACACCAGCUUCAGCCUGGAGCUGUGCCGGCAGCCUCCGCCUGCCCAGCGCGCCCCCUACUCCUUCCCGUGGCUGCUGGCCUAUGUCUUCUAUUAUCCCCUCUUCCACAACGGGCCCAUCCUCAACUUCCCGGAGUUCUUCAGACAGAUGCAGCAGCCAGAGCUCAGCUCUCCGAAGCAUAGCCUUUGCCUGCUAGCCAAGGGCGUGGGCCGCCUGCUCUGCUGGUGGUGGCUGGCUGAACUGAUGAUCCACCUCAUGUACAUGCAUGCCCUCUACAGCAGCAUUCCCCUCCUGGAGAGCGUUUCCUGCUGGACCUUAGGAGGACUGGCCCUGGCCCAAGUACUCUUCUUCUAUGUGAAAUACUUGGUGCUCUUUGGUGCUCCGGCUCUCCUCAUGCGCCUGGACGGACUCACACCACCACCCCUUCCCCGCUGCGUGAGCACCAUGUUCAGCUUUACUGGGAUGUGGAGAGUUAUCAUCAAGCUGUGGAGGUAA